AUGUUAACAUUUGACGAAAAGCAGAGGGUGGUCGAAAUAGGUAGGCCUACUCCACCUUUAAAAUUAAUCCAGCUAUCAAAGAAAACGACACGGUAUUUUAAUAAGUCUUAUGAUAAUUAUAAGUGGCUCUGUGGUUGUAUACAUGACAACAAACUGUACUGUUGGUCAUGUUUAUUAUUUUCUGAAUACAAAAAUGUUUGGAACGUGACAGGUUAUAUAGACUUAAAUAAUUUUUCUAACGCGUCAAAGAAACAUGAUCAAUCAACAAAUCAUUUAAAUUCUGCUCUUGCUUUACACAGUUUUGGAAAAACACGUAUAGAAAGAAGUCUUUCACGUCAAAUUCGAGAAGAAAUCGAAAGACAUAAUGCCAAAGUAGAUAGGAAUCGAAAUGUUAUGCGUAGGCUUAUUGAUAUUACAUAUUACUUGGCGAAACAAGAGCUGCCUUUUCGUGGACAUAUUGAAUCGGCAGAAUCUGCAAAUCGUGGCAACUUUAUAGAGUGCAUUAAAUUACUUGCAAAUUAUGACGGCAUAUUGAGCGAUCAUUUACAACAAUCCGCUUACCAUGACCAAAACAAAACCAGGGCCGGGUUCAGUGGAUUAUCUAACCGAAUACAAAAUGAUUGUGUUGCCGUUAUGAUCGAUGAAACCCCAAAUGUUAGCGGAAAAGAACAACUUUGCAUAAUUUUAAGAUAUUUUGACCAAUCUCAUGAAGUUGUUGACCGAUUCGUCGGGUUUGUUGAUGUAAGCUCCAAUCGUACUGCUGAAGUGUUAACGAAAAUGAUUAUUGACUUUUUAAAUGACUACAAAUGUUGUACAAAAUUAAUCCUGCAAACUUAUGACGGAGCCGCAGCUCUUUCGUCAGAGAAAAAUGGUGUUCAAAAAAAAGUUCGUGAAACGUGUCCAGAUGCUUUGUAUGUUUGGUGUAUUGCCCAUAUUUUAAAUUUAGUCCUCUCAAAGUCUUGCCAGAGAAAUUCUGAAACUAAACAUUUUUUUUCGACCACUAAAAACUUAGCAACAUUUUUCCAUACGGGUACUAAGAGAUCGGAUUUAUAUAACAAAUUCUGUUCAAAAAAAUUACCCCGUGUUGUGGUAACUCGAUGGGUUUAUAAUUCAAGGACAAUAAAUAUUAUUUUUAGUGAACACAAGAACUUGCUUAAUAUUUUGAAUAACAUUUGCGAAAAUGAAGCAAAUUGGGACGGAGAUACACUUUCAGCGGCUAGAAUGUACGAAUUUACUUUGAACGACUUCGAGUUUAAUUAUUUUUUAGAAAUUUUCAAUGCAAUAUUUAUACAAACUGAUAUUCUUUUUAAUAUAAUAGAGUCGAAAAUCGUAGAUAUUGGCUAUUGUUUAAAAAAAGUAAAAGGAUUUAAAAACUUUAUUGAUAAUUUUUACAACGAAUUUGAAAACAUUUAUGAAAGAACUGUAACUUUUUGUGGCGAGCCAAAAAAAAAAGCGGAUUAA